GGCGAGGAGAGGAGAGGAGAGGAGAGGAGAGUUAGCGAGCGCUGUCCGCUCCGCUCGGUUACGCUCCCGGGACCCGGCUCACUCGCUCGAUUUAACGGGGUCACAUCUUUCCUUUGCCCCCUCUCUUUCCCCUCCCGGCCGACCGACCGUCUUGCCCGUGUCCCAGCCCGCUGUGAAGUAGGAGAUGCUGUCAUCGUGUUUAUUGCGAAAUUCACCAUUUGGACCGAGCACUGAAUCUCGCUAAAGGUUAUCCAUCAUUUCGAGGCACCGAGAGAGGCUGAGAGCGAAGCUUUUUACAACUGGUUGGAAGGAUUGCCGUGCAGUCUCCCUGAUUACACCGCUCCCCCUCUGAGAGCGAUGCACUGACCUCAUUGUGGGACUGAAGAAGCAGUUAAAGGCUUCAGUUAUUUCCUCAACAGAGUUCUCCUGGGAAAUCAACAGAGGAGUGUCCAUUGCCUGCCAUUGCUUUGACCGUGCCUGUCUUUUAACAGUGGAAUAAAUUCUGGUCAGACCAUGCCCCUGUAGUCCAUCGGAUGAAGUCUAGUGUGUAGGGAAGGUGGCUGAUGGACAGUUUUGGGAAUAACUCAACCUUCUUCCAAGGAGCCAAGGACAUUGCCAACCAGGCCAAGCAGCAGGGGAGGAUGCAGGACUCUUACGGCCGAUACGAAGGUGGAGGGGAGUACGCCUCGCACGACGGGGGUUAUUACCACAGCGGGGACACUCACGGGCAGGAGGACGCCGACAGCGAUGCCACGGAAGGGCAUGACGAAGACGACGAGAUCUAUGAGGGGGAGUACCAGGGCAUCCCCCACCCCGAUGACAUUAAGGCCAGAGGGAUGGCAGCAGGUCAGCCCAUGCCAGAUGAGUACAGGGACCAGGCUGAACUAAUGGCGGAGCGUAUGAAGGACGAGGAACAGCUGGCGCACCAGUACGAGUCCAUCAUCGAGGAGUGCGGGCACGGACGCUUCCAAUGGACACUUUUCUUUGUCUUAGGCUUGGCCCUAAUGGCCGAUGGAGUGGAGGUGUUUGUGGUUGGCUUUGCGCUCCCAACGGCAGAACAGGACAUGUGCAUGUCUAACUCCAAAAAAGGAAUGCUCGGGUUAAUAGUGUAUUUGGGAAUGAUGUUUGGAGCCUUCAUCUGGGGUGGCCUGGCAGACAAAAUGGGCAGGAGGUAUUGUCUCAUCAUCGCCUUGAGCAUCAAUGGAGUCUUUAUUAUCUUCUCAUCCUUUGUCCAAGGUUAUGGCAUCUUCUUGUUCUGCCGGCUGCUUUCAGGAGUUGGUAUUGGUGGCUCCAUCCCCAUCGUCUUUGCCUACUUCUCUGAAUUCCUGUCUCGUGAGAAGCGCGGGGAACACCUCAGUUGGCUCUGCAUGUUCUGGAUGAUUGGUGGGAUCUACGCAUCAGUGAUGGCCUGGACCAUCAUCCCACAUUACGGCUGGGGAUUCAGCAUGGGUUCAUCCUUCCAAUUCCACAGUUGGCGCCUGUUUGUCGUUGUGUGUGCUCUGCCUUCCCUCUCGUCCCUCCUUGGUCUUAUGUUCAUGCCGGAGAGCCCACGCUACUUACUGGAGAUCGGGAAGCACGAUGAAGCCUGGAUGGUUUUAAAGAAGAUUUAUGACACAAACAUGAGAGCUAAGGGUCAUCCAGAGGCCGUCUUCACGGUCUCCCAUAUAAAAACCCCGAUGCAAAUGGAUGAAUUCAUUGAGAUUCAGAGCUCCACUGGAACUUGGUUUCAGCGCUGGCUGGUCAGGAUUAUGACUGUGGUGAAGCAGGUCUGGCAGAACAUGUUGCUUUGCUUUUUACCCAAAUACCGGAUGACAACUCUAUUCUUGGCAGUAGUUUGGUUUACCUUGUCCUUCAGCUACUACGGACUGACUGUGUGGUUCCCCGACAUGAUCAAGUACUAUCAAAAUGAAGACUAUGAAUCGAGAAUGAAGACCUUCCACCAGGAGCGGGUUGAGCACUUCACAUUCAACUUCACACUGGAGAACCAGUUUCACAUAGAGGGAGAGUACAUCAAUGUCAGAUUCAUUGCGAUCAAAUUUAAAUCUAUUACCUUUGAGGACUCCCUGUUUGAGGAUUGCUACUUUGAAGACAUUUCAUCGAUCAACACUCACUUCAAGAAUUGUACCUUUGUGAGCACAGUCUUCUAUAACACAGAUCUGUUCAAGACCAGGUUUUCCCACAGCAGAUUUCUGAACAGCACGUUCCUCCACAACAAGGAAGGAUGUCAGAUUGACUUCGCCGACGAUGCUGAAACGGCCUUCCUCACAUACUUGGUCAGUUUCCUGGGCUCGCUGGCUGUGUUGCCCGGGAACAUUGUAUCUGCCCUGUUCAUGGACAAGAUCGGAAGGAUUAAGAUGAUUGGUGGAUCAAUGUUGCUGUCGGCCAUCACCUGCUUCUUCCUGUUUUUUGGGGACAGUGAGUCGGCCAUGAUCGGAAUGCAGUGUCUGUUCUGUGGGGUCAGUAUAGCAGCGUGGAAUGCACUGGAUGUGAUCACCGUGGAGCUGUACUCUACAGAUAAAAGGGCAACUGCAUUUGGAAUCCUGAACGGCCUCUCCAAGUUUGCCGCGAUCCUGGGCAUAUCGAUAUUCGCCUCUUUCGUGGAGAUAACUAAGGUGGUCCCCAUCUUGUUGGCUUCUGUUGCAUUAGUGGGAGGUGCCGUGCUUGGUCUUCGGCUUCCUGAGACCCGGGAGCAGGUUCUGAUGUGAGGGGCCCUCCACCACAUUCUGGACCCAUAGUAUAUGCACAGCUGCUAACCACUACCCUUACAACCUGAAGCAUCCACUCCACCAUCUGUGCUUUCUGAGCCUGGACAUACUUGUGGUAUCUGUACACGCAAUGCGGUUUCAUAUAGCUACUUAACAUGUAUUGACAGAAGUCGUCCUGUACACAUACUCAUCAGGCUGGGAUGGGGGAAGAUUGGACACCAUCACUAGUGUUUUCAUUGUUCAGUGUUGCACCCCCUUACUUUGAUGUUCUCUCUCUCUGUUAAUCGCACACCCUGCACACAUCCCGAUUGGCCCCGUGAAGGGUCAGUCCUCACCUCUUGGUUUAUGGGUCCACCAAUGGAAGUUCAGCCAUACACACUUCAUGCCAACUCAGUGAGGUGUUGAAGUCUUGGAGGAGAUGCACCCAUGCUCCUCCCCACUGCAAACUGCAACUAGCAGAUUUAAACCUGACCUCCAGUGCCGUAUGUGUGGAGUUUACAUGUCCUCCAUGCGUCAUAAGUGAUAGGAGCAGAAUUAGGCCAUUCGGCCCAUCAAGUCUACUCCACCAUUCAAUUAUG